AUGCCCUCCCUCCACCUCCAACCUCUCCAGCUCUCAGACUUCGACACCCUAAUCUCCCAUGCUCUUUCCGGCAUCCCAGGCGAAGACCUUGUCGGUCCUCCAACACCAAUAUGCUGCCCCGUCACCACGCAAGAAGAAGCUUCCGCCCGCCUUACCUUCCACUUCGCCAAACAGCGCGCCCGCUUUCUGGGCGACCCAACAGUGCGGUACAUGAAAGUCGUUGAGCGCGACUCUACCAGCGAAGACGGCGAAAACAUCAUUAGCAUUGCGCGCUGGCACUUCUACGCCGCAGGCUACUCCUUCACCCGCGACAUCCACUGGGAAACGCACAACAGCCCGGAACCCUCCACUAUCCCCAAAGACUUCAAUGUCGCACUGCACAAUCACAUCCUCCGCACUCGCGACGCAGCGCGGAGCGGAUGGAUGAAGGUUCACGAGCCGUGCUGGGUGCUGAUGCAUAUGGUGACGCAUCCUGCGCACCGUGGGAAGGGUGCGGCGGGCAUUUUGAUCAAGUGGGGGAUUGAGCAGGCAGAGAAGGAUAGAGUGCCGGCAUAUCUGGAGGCGGGGGUUAUGGGGAGGCCGAUUUAUGAGAGGUAUGGGUUUGUGCAGGUUGGGGAGCUGUUGGAAGUGGAUUUGAAGCAAGGGGGAGGCGAGGGCGUGUUUGUGAUGUGUAAGAUGGGGUAUUUCCCAAGAAAAGGAGGGGAGGGGCCUUAA